AUGGCUCUUCCCGCCAAAAGUCAGAAACAACAGGGGCACAAGCCACCCCCAGACAAACCUCGCCCUUAUUCCUCCCUUUUCAAUGAACCAGAGGUAGCUCGACUGUAUGAACGAACCCCGGCCAACACGAGAACCGUAUGGCGUCGCGCAGAACACCCCAGCUCACUAUUUUACGACUUAUCCCAAGUCCAAGUAACAGACGCACAAUUUCGCACGGCUCUCAGUGAGUCCCCACUCAAAGAAGUCAUCCAUGGUGCUGUCAUCCAUCGCACCCGUAAACAUGUCAUUGCCGAAGUUGCCUUCAACGAUGCCAAAGUACGUGGGUCACAUGCAUCUACCAGUAACGCUUGCCGAUGA